UUCAUGAAUCGCAUUUUAUCUGGAGCUGUACAUAACCAUGAGCGAAACAAAUAAAUGAAAUGGAAUAAUACAAGUGAAAAAUAGUGUUUUUGACAAUAGGUAUGUGGUGUACUGAAAUAAAGUGUAAUAUAACAAGCCAGCAUAAUUAAUAAUUAACCACCUUGUUUUUCACCAAAUCAGUCUUUAACAAAUUUAAAAUGAGCUUUGCAAUAUGUAAAUUAUCACAAAAAAUAUUUCAAAUAAAGAAACCUGUUCAGUACAGUUUUACGGUAUAAAACUAGAAAACAUAAGAUAAUAUGACUUAAACAAAUUCUAAAAUUCUGGCCAAAAAUUGAACAGCAAAUUUGAUUUCAUAGUUGUAUUUAUGGGUCUGACUCCAUAAAUAAAUUAUAUAUAUUAAACUUCUUUUCUCCUAUUAACCUCCUUUCAAUUCACUUCAAUCCAGAUUACUUUAUUUUCAUUUGUGCAGUGGACAAAUAAGGCAAAUACAGCAGUCAUAGACAAUCAAAGCACAGUCAGGGCCACGAUUAGUUAAUCAUUGUGUGCAGCCAUGAUACAUAAAAUACAUAAAAUAAAUACCUAAUUCACAUACAAAUUGAAAUACCAUUCUAAGGAUAAAAAACUUGGAGUAAAAGCCACGAGCAAUAAUAAUGCUACAGUGCAGCAGUGCUAGUGUGUGUGUGUGUGUGUGUGUGUGUGUGUGUGUGUGUGUGUGUGUGUGUGUGUGUGUGUGUGUGUGGUCUGACUUAGCCUACUUUUGGGGACACAUUUCAGACUCAAGACCAGUUACUGUAAUUAAUGAACUUUAAUGAUAUGAAACUUUAUUUAUACAGCAUCUUUCAUACAUAAAAUGCAGCUCAAAGUGCUUUACAGCAGAAAAUAAAAAGACAGAGGUACUAUAAAGAAGACAUGAGGGGCCAUAAAAAAGAGCAAUAAAAGGAGCAAUAAAAAGAGCAAUAAAACAAUUUAAAAAAGAAUAAAAAAGCAUAGAAUGGGUAUAAAGGUAUAAAAGAAGUAUUAAAUAAAACAUUGAUGUCAUAAAAAAUUAAAUAGCAAGAUCGUAAAAAUAGGUUUUGGGCUGUUUCUUAAAACUAUCAACCAAAGUUGCUUGUCUAAUUCAUAGUGGGAGUGUGUUUUAAACCUUUGGUGCAUAAAAACAGAAGUCUGCUUCACUUUUUAUGGUUCAUUUUUGGAUCUGAUACGACGGUUUGGAACAUAUUCGGACAAGCAAUCAGAAAUGUAUGAAGGUUCUGAACCACUAAGAGCCUUAAAAACAAGUUAAAGAAUUUAAAAUCAAUCCUCAGUGACGCAGGCAGCCAGUGUAAUGACGCUAAAACUGGAGUAAUAUGAUCUCUUUCCCUGGUUCUUGUUAAAACCCUGGCUGUUGAGCUGCAGCCUCCAUUGUAAGUAGGGUCUAACUCUUGCAAUUUUUCUUCAGUGAUAAAAGACAAUCUUUGUAACAUUGUUUAUGUGUGAAUUAAAAUCUAACUCAGAAUCAAGAAUAACACCCAGAUUUUUUACUUCCAACUUGUUCUGUGGUACCAGACUUCCAAGUUUGCUAGAAACCUUUUGUCUCUGUUCACUUUUACCAAUUAUGAGAAUUUCUUUUUUUUCUUCAUUUAAUUUAAGAAAAUUAUUGCUCAUCCGCUGUUACACACUCGAGAGGCAAUUUAUAAUGAGAUUCAGUGCAUCAGAGUCAUCUGGCGCUACAGAUAAAUACAACAGUGUCAUCAGCAUAACAAUGAUAAUUCAAACCAUGAUCACCAAUAAUUUUACCAAGUGGUGGCAUAUUUAAACAAAAUAAUAAAUGACCAACAAUUGAACCCUGUGGACAUUGAAUUUGACUGUCUGGUGUCUGUCUGUGAGGAAGGAGAGGAUGAGGAGUGUGAGGUGGGGGUUGACAUUCAUCUGAAGGAGAUUGUAUCGCAUUAGAUGAGGUUGCAUGCUGUUAAAUGCGCUUGAGAAAUCCACAAAAACCUUCCUCCCUCUGUAGCUGUGGUAGAAUGAGCCUUUCAAAGCUCUUCAUCGGCAAAUAUAUUAAAGCUACAGGGCGAAGAUUGUGAUUUAGAUUGUGGAUCCGUGUAUCUGGGUGACAAGAGACACCUGUUAAUCUAGCGGAUGAUACUGCAGAGACAAAGACGCUGCCCACAUUUUUAUUGGAUAGAAACACAUCUGAACUUUGUCUUGAUUGGCCGCACAUACACACCCAUCAGAAAAUGGAGGCCCAGCAUAUUUCACAUAGUGCGAGAGCGGAAUACGACACAGGCGUUUGUCAUAGCAGGAAAAGCACAGGUGUUACUAAUAUCAUUAACAAUGCCUCUGUUCUAAUUCAGUUGUCCCAGUAAGCCACGACAGUGUGACAGUGAGCGAGCACGCACGACACCAAGACCCUGAAACUGAAGCAGCUAUAUAGAAUUCAGCCGUAGUUGAUUUUAUUAUUUACACCUGUGCUUUUCCUACCAUGACAAAAAAAAUGUGUUCCAUGAAAAAUACCUAAAAUACUUUUUAAAGGGUGGUAAUCACUGACAAAUAUGAAUGCACGACUGUAUGACAUGACACAAGAAGACAGGUUUGCUCUGUUUCUUUGAGAGUUUGUCAUGUCAAACUGCGUGACAGAGAGCGGCAGAGCAAAUUAAUUUUACACGUUGAUAUUUCAUGAUUGUUUCAUAAGUGGAUUGAAUAUGUGCGAAUGGAUCAUUAGGAUUCAGAGAAUAUUUCAUUUCAUUUUCUGCAACUGAUGUUAAUUUAACAGUAAGCUGGUCAGGGGGUCUGAAGGAGGCUUUAGCGCGGAAAUCUAUGUGCCGUUUUUUUCCACAAUGGUGAAACGAUUCACGAUACCCUUCCUAUACAAUCCAAAAUUAAGGUUAUUCUUCUGAUUUAUGUUAUUUUCAGUGGUGGGCCACAUAUAGUAGCAACUAACCUUUCCCCUAUAUUACAAACAAUAAGAGCACCCACUGUAGGCGACUUUAAUUAGAUUAUAAUAGUCAUUACAACCACUCAUUCUUCCCGGUAGGCUCUGGAUUUCAGUGUAAUCUGGGAUUUGGUGGCUCAGUGCUGAGUGAUGCGGAAACCCAGAAACUAGCCUGCAAUUAUCUUCCAUACAAUAACAUAUGCUAGUUAGUGGGACAGGCCUGACAGUUUAUAAGUGUGAGAAAGUUAUAUUAGGUGGGUGGUUAUGUAAUCUUAGUGCAAUGCUGGUCUGGUAAUUUACAGGUGUGCCUCAAGAAUUGCUGUCUGUGAACUGGGAGACCAUUGUCACUCAUGCAAUGUGUUAUUUUCAAGAAACCAGAAAGUCUCAUGGUUAGAAUUUUAUGACUCUUCAGGAAAAUCUUUCAGCCACUGUGGAAGAAGAUUGAAGUACCUUUGAACAAGGCAGCGUCCAGCCUGCAUGUGUGUAUGAGAUCAAAGCCUCUUUACAGCUUUAACUGCCAGAUAAAAAGGAGAUCAAAUUGUUAAAACACAACAGAAAUGUGGCUUAAAUGAAAUGAAAAUAGCUUUGUACAGCCAACAAUAAGGUUCGCGUGCUAUUACGUAAACAUCCCACUUGAAUUCUGUCACUCAGGUGGAUGCUCAUGUCAUGUGGUAAGCUCAUCUUUAUUAAUACAGGAUUACAUUUAUUCUCAAUCCUAAACUCACACACACACUCCACAUGCUCCUCACAAAAGUACGAACAAGUACUGUCUGCCGGGACCGUCAAAGGUAGCAAGGCAGGCAGGUAGCUGUGUACAGGUACCCGCUGGAGACAGAGGAGUUUCACCCUUUUUGAGUCUCACAAGUCCAUGGAGGCCUUCAGCUCAUCUGGCUGCUAACGGAGGCUUUACCAGACAACCGGUGGAUUUGUGUGAAAGAAGAAUACACUACAGCUUUGGAAAGCCACUUUCAUGAAGAUGUUUCCUUGGUCCGCUGUGUUCACCCUUGAGCCCAAAGUGCCCGGCCAGCGCACCUCUGAGGAGUUGGUCACCAAUACUCUGAUGCUGGAGCUGGGGGCCAUGGUGAAGCGUACCGAACGCAUCCGUCUGGAGCGGGCAACAGAAGGUCGGCGUCGCCGCCGCAGCUCCUCCUCCACAGCUGACUACAGCUGGCUGGCCAACACGCCGACCCGGCAGCCAUUCGAGCUGACCCCCAACGACCUGCUGGAGCUGCAGGACCUCUGUAGCAAGAUCCCUCCUGCACAGUGCGGCCCUUUGAUCGUCAGGUUCAGGCGCCUGGUGUCACAGAUGGAGCCCGAGGUUCACGAGGUGCCCCGGCUGUUUCGCUUGGCACUGCGUGAGUGCGUGGACGAGGUUAACAGAAACGGAGAAGUGGAGACGCAUGACCCUGUGUUUGAGAAGCAGCAGCGCAGCAAGAGCCUCUCCUUCGUUACCUUCCGCUCCAAGUUCCGCACAGGCCAGUUCUUCAAGGGCAGCAACUUGAGCGGCUCCAGAGGGAACCUGCAGCAGCAGGUGGAUUGGUCCGACGAGGAGGAGGACGGAGAAACGGAGGAGGAGGCAAUCAAGGCCAGGGCGAGGAAGGGAAGGAGCAGGAGCAUGCCAGAGAUCACCCCUAUGGAGCAAAGUGCCCAGGGGUGAGAGGAGGG